AUGACGUCAUCACGUGCGAAGCGCGCGCGCGUGCGCAUCAAUUACGCGGAGCGGCGCAUCUGUUACGCGGAGCUCCUCAUCAUCGGAAAACUCUUUGUCGCGCCCCGUCGUCUAGCGUUCCCGCGGGUAAAUUGGCAUCUCCUGGACACUAAGCGUAAAAGAUGUGUUGUUUUCAAUCAAGGUGAAUUGGAUGCUAUGGAAUAUCAUAUGAAGNGUAAAAGUGAGCCCACUUCUUCUGUCCACCUUGAUUCUCUUCACAUGGAUUCCAUGUCCUCUUUUGGCUCCUCUGCUACAUUUACUGCUUCUGACUCUACCAUUAAGCUAAAGAAUGAUGAUGGAAGAAAUUGUGAAAUGUUCAUACAAAAAUAUGUUUUUCGAUCGGAACUGUUUGAUGUCACUAAACCUUAUAUAACUUCAGCUGUUCAGAAGGAAUGCCAACAAAGUAAUGAAAAGGAAGAUCUAAUGAAUGGUGUUAAAAAAGAGAUCUCCAUUUCUACUCUUGGGAAGAAGCGUAAAAGAUGUGUUGUUUUCAAUCAAGGUGAAUUGGAUGCUAUGGAAUAUCAUAUGAAGAUUAGGGAGCUGAUUCUGGAUGGAUCUUCACAGUUAAUCCAAGAAGGUUUUAAAAGUGGCUUUUUUCAUCCACUUUCUGAAAAACGGAACAAGUGUAGUGAGCCCAUUACUUUACCACUUGAUACCUGCAAUUUGUCAGAAUUAUGUGAAAUGGCAAAGCAUUUGCCUUCCCUGAAUGAAAUGGAACUUUUGACGUUACAAUUGAUGGAAGAUGAUGUGUCUGUUACAGAGCAGGAUUUAUUUUCACGGGUUGUUGAAAACAACUCUAGCUUUACAAAAAUGAUUACUUUAAUGGGACAGAAAUACCUGCUGCCACCAAAAAGCAGUUUUCUUUUGUCUGACAUUUCUUGUAUGCACCCACUUCUAAAUUGUGGGAAAACAUAUGAUGUAAUAGUGAUAGAUCCACCAUGGCAGAACAAAUCAGUUAAAAGAAGUAAGAGGUACAGUUAUUUAUCACCAUUACAAAUACAGCAAAUACCUAUCCCUAAACUGGCUGCUCCAGACUGUCUUGUUAUUACUUGGGUGACCAAUAGACAGAAGUACCUACGUUUUGUAAAGGAAGAACUUUAUCCUUCGUGGUCUGUGGAGUUGGUUGCUGAAUGGCACUGGGUAAAAAUCACCACUUCAGGAGAGUUUGUGCUCCCAUUAGAUUCUCCACACAAAAAGCCUUAUGAAGGUCUUGUCCUGGGGAGAGUUCGAGACAAAACUGCUUUACCAUUAAGGAAUGCAGAUGUGAAAGUGGUCCCCAUUCCAGAUCACAAAUUAAUCGUCAGUGUGCCCUGUACUCUUCACUCACAUAAGCCGCCUCUUGCUGAGGUUUUAAAAGACUAUGUCAAGCCAGAAGGGCAAUAUUUGGAAUUGUUUGCACGAAAUUUACAGCCAGGUUGGACUAGUUGGGGCAAUGAAGUUCUCAAAUUUCAACACAUGGAUUACUUUAUUGUUCUAGACUCUAGAAGCUGACUUUGAUCUCAAAGUUGUGAUUUUUCUUCAGUUUCUCCUUAUCCUUUCUUCAUUCUAACUGAUUUUUUCUUUUAUUACCAACCAGAGUGCUUGGAAAUGUAAACAGGACUUGGUUUUUCAGCAAAAUAGCCAGAAAUGACUAGCCUUCAUGUAAUUUUGAGAUAAAUUUUACUUCAGCUGCACUAAUAUUCCACAUUACUCUAGACUCACUACAAAUAAAGAUGUAAGCCAUUAGGUUAGAAAGAUGGCAAGACUUUGUAAUUAAAAAAGUCACAAAGCAUGUACUGUGGACCCGAGGUCUGCCUAUGGAUAUAUUUUAUUUGGCCCACACAUGUUAUUAAAAAAAAAAUAAAAAAUUGAACUAUCAUUCUAAAAAAAUUCAGAAAAUUUCACAUAGAAAUCCAGAUUCCUACUUCUCUUUAAAGUUAAGAUGCUCUGGCUACACUGAGGCAUGUGUUCUUUCCUGCCGUCAAUCUGUAGGACUCAGUGGUGGCAGCUCUUUUGGGAAGAUCCAUGUAUUCCAGUUUGUGACAGUACCACUUGCUCCAUGGCACUCACUUAUAUUGUCUAUUUGGCCCCUGUACAACCCAAAUAUACAACCUUUAUUAUGUUGUUACAUUCUGGGAAAAGCAUUCAGAGACCUGCCAAGUUCAUACUGAGUUUAGGAAACAUUAUUGAAGGGUUUUAAAUUGUGUUCAAGGUCACUUUUUAAGUACUUCUUAGUUUGCUUCUUUUUCUAGAAAAAAAAUGAAAAAUUUCUUAUAAAAAUGUCAGAAAGUAAACACUGCUUAUGAUUGUGAAAAAAGUAUAUUAUUUAUAGAUUUUCUACAAAUAAAUAUUUGUUUAUUAAGUAAAAUAUUUUCACUGAAAUGAUUAUUUGAAAAGUAUGCUGGUUUAUUAUAUAUAAUCUCUUUUAAAAUUUCAAGGUAUAAUUUUCACUUAAUAAUUUUCUCCUAUUUUCCUUAUAGAAGUUCAGUGAGUUUUGAAAACAUACAUACAGUUGUCCAUCUACUACUAUAAUCAUGAUGUAGAUAAAACAUUUCCUUCAUCCCCAAAACUCCUGUGUCCCUUUGCAGUCAACCCCCGCCUGCCACCCAGUGCCCUCGACAAAUAAUGAUUUGUUUUCUGUCAUUACUUCUACAUUUUUACAAUUUCAUAUAAGUGGAAUCAUAGAAUAUAUAAUAUCAUCUGUUUUGCCUGGACUCUUUAGCUUUUUGAAAAAUACACUAUUUACAGAUUUUCUACAAAUAUUUACUAAGUAAAAUGUUAGAUUGACAUUAUUAUCUAACAAGGUUGCCAAUGUAUUUGCUUAUUUUACCAAAAUAAAAUGUUAUUUUUGAGGUUUGUUCAUUCUUUGAGUGUGUGCGUGUAGUAUCAGAGGCUUAAUUUUGUAAUUGUAGAGGUAUUCUAACUUGUUAUUUAAAAGGAAAAAGGUAUUAAACUUGAAGCAAACUUCUCACAACCUCAUUUGAAACUCUUUUCAGCUUUUUGUUGUAUUUUAUAGAUUUUAUAUAGUUUGUGGAAACAUUUUAUCCUCAGCAAGUUUUUGGACUUUUAUUUUUGCAUUGUAAAUACUGAGAGAAUAAAAGAGAAUUUUGUUCACUGAGUUCUGGAAUUUAAGAGGGAGAACUUCUAGUCUUAACUCUGCUCCUAAAUGUUACAUCCUCUGGGCCUUGUUUGUAACACUUGUUUAAUUAUUGGGUUCUUUUUUGAAGAAAGGAUAAUUCUGCAAAAUAAAACAAUAAAACAACUUGUGAAAACAAAAAGGCCAGGCUAAGAGCAUAUAAGAACAUGGAAAACUGAGCAAAUGACUAUGGAUUUCCAAAGUGAUGUUGUUGCAUUCUAGCCUCUUCUCUUCAGCCCUAGAGCUCAGUUUAAUUUGGAUUUACCCAGAGGCCACGGAGUCACAAUGGUCAUCCUGGGCAACCCACACAAAAAGCCUAACAGCUAUUUCACGUCCACAAGGGUAAUAGCUGACACCACUCAAGAAACUUUGGAAAAUUUUGCAUCCUAAGAUGUAUCCUUGGAAUUCAUGGCCUUUCUCUUGACAUUCUUUCACCCUCUCAAAUAGGGCUGUUAGAGUAAAAUUACAGAACAUUUAACUACUCUUUUGAACCUGAUUGUUUUUUGUCACUCACACAUAGUUCUUUGAUGACUUUCAUAGGUGGUUAAUUGGCAAUCUUUCUGGUCUUCCUUCAAUAAAGACAUGUGUCACUUGACUGUAGGGAUAUGUUCUGAGAAAUGCAAUUUUAGGCGAUUUCAUUGUUAUUUUACACUUUGCUGGAGAUGUCAGAAACUUGAUCUUUAUGUGCAACAGCUAUGUACUGAAUGUUUGUGUCCUAAAAUUCAUAUGCCGAAACCCUACCCCUCAAUGUGAUGGUAUUUGGAGGUGGGGCCGUUGGGAAGUAAUUAGGGUUAGAUUAGGUCAUCAGAGUGGGGCCCUUAUAAUGGGACUAAUGCCCUUAUAAAAAGAGGAAGAGACAUGGGGUCUCAUUCUCUCUGCGUACAAGCACCAAGAAAGACCUUGUGAGAACAUAACCAGGAAGAGAUUCUCUCACCAAGAACCUGACCAUCUUGGCACCCUGAUCUUGGACUUCCAGUGUCCAGA